AUGUUCCUGCAAGCGAUCUUGGGCCGCACCAUAGACGAGCGCGAGGCGCGGUACCGCGAGCGCAGCCAGACCAACCAGCGCCGGUACCGCCUGCGCAAGAAGGCGGCGCACGCGCGCCUCGAGCACGACGUCCUCGCACUGCGCCACGCCAACGACGCACUCGUGAGCGAACUCCGCAUGGCGCAGGGCAUCUGCGUUGUCCACGAGCGCGCAACCCGCGUCGCGCACGACUACUUUAGCCUCUUUGAACACGGGCUCCGCGGCUCGCCCAUCGAGAUGCAGCGCAGCUAUCUGCGCACCGUCAUGUCGCCCAACCUCGUCGUCAUGGGCGACGCACGGGUCGACGGCGCCACCAAGCUCCUCGAGCAGCUCCACCUGUACACGACGCUCUUCGAGCAUCAUCUGCGCCUCGAGCACAUCGAGGUCGUUGUCGACACGGACGACGACGUCGUCGUCAAGACGAUCGGGUGCAUCUCGCUACGGCUAACGCGGCGCGCGAUCAUGAUCCUCUACCCAAAUUUGGUCGGCGCCAACGAGGGAGCCGUGCAGCAACUCGUCGGCCGCAUGCUCCAAGUGCGCGUGGUGAGCCACUUUUACAUCAGCAAGACGACAGGGCUCGUCGAAGCGCUCGUGGGGGACGCUGACACGAUGCUCGCGAUCGCCAACCUCCUUGGGGACGUCACACAGUCCGAGCUCGCGCUCCAGAGCUCGGCGCUACGCCCGAACACCGAGAUUGUCCUCGAUGACACCAUCUUGGAGCUCUCGUCGGCAACCUAG